AUGCCAGGACCCACCAAUGAUCCUGUGGCAGCGAAACAGGGGGCCUCCAAACUCGCGCCUAUUUUCCAUCGCAUUUCAGCCGAGGAAGAGGCGGCCGCGUUGGAAGCUGCAUGUGUGCAUGGAUCACAAAUGGCGCAGUAUGGAUACCAUGACACGAACCUGCACCCCCUGCCGAAGCAUUUAGUGCGAUACAUUGAGCCCACAGAAGGUGAAUAUGACCAACGUGUAGAGUACGAUAUGGAUGAACAAGAUCAACAGUGGCUCGAUACCCUCAAUGCAGAGCGCCGAAAAGAGCAACUAGACCCUAUUAGCUACGAGGCCUUUGAGAUCAUCAUCGACCGACUAGAGAAGGAAUGGUUUGCCUUGGUAAAGCGAAUUCCCUCACGCUUCUCCAUUGGCGCUGCGAUGGACGAUGACGAAUUCCCAGAGGACUCUUACUGUGCUAUCUGCGACGACAAUGAAUGUGAGAACUUGAAUGCCAUUGUGUUCUGCGAUGGAUGCAAUUUGGCUGUGCACCAGGAAUGCUACGGUGUCCCUUACAUCCCCGAAGGCCAAUGGCUCUGCCGCAAAUGCACCGUCUCGCCCGACCGUCCUGUGUCGUGCGUGCUGUGUCCUAACGAAGGAGGUGCCUUUAAACAGACCACCGAAGGGGCAUGGGCACAUUUGCUAUGUGCUAUGUGGAUCCCUGAGACAGGGGUCGGCAAUACGGUCUACAUGGAGCCGAUCGACGGCAUAAAGGCGAUUCCCAAAGCGCGCUGGCGGCUUCGCUGCUACUUGUGCAACAAGAAAGGUGGCGCCUGUAUUCAGUGCGAACACCGCUCUUGUUUCACUGCGUUUCAUGUGAUGUGUGCCCGACACGCUGGCCUUCUCAUCCAGCCACGGCAUCGCAGCGAUGACGACGAAGAGACGGAGGAUACCAAGCCAGAGACAUGGGCAGCGUACUGUCACCAUCAUUUACCCCCCGAACAGAAAGUAACGUUGCGCGAACGAAUUCGCGGAGACGAAGCCAUGUCAGACACAGACAGCGUGUCGGACGUAUCAACCAGCGAACUAUUGCAUCAGCCGCCACGGCCCGGGACGUCCGCGUACAAUUCUAUCGUCUCGAAAAGUGCCCGAGCUUAUAACAAGCUGUACUCGUCAGGUCCCUUGCCGGUCCCGAACUACAUGGUCCAUCGUGUUAUGGACUAUAUUCAGCGAAUUCAUUUUCGACGCAAACCUCUGGCUGUCUCGAUGAUUGUGCGCUAUUGGAGCUUGAAACGGCAGGAUAUGCGAGGCGCGCCUUUGCUGAAACGUUUGCACAUUGAGCCAUGGACGGUCGGCCACUUUGUCGAUGAGCGAACAUCGGCGCUGAAAUUGGCCAAGUUGCAGUACCUUUUCCGCUUACGAGAAGACUUGGAAAAAGUGCGGCUCCUCACAGAAUUGGUGCGCAAGCGUGAAAAAGAGAAGCUGCGGCAGCUCACCUUGUGGCAGUCUAUGCUGGAUAUGGGUCUUCUGCACAAGCAGGCACAGCUGCGCAAAGCGCUAGCGAGCGUAAAGAGUCUCGACAAAGCAGAAUGGUUCCUCCUGCCUGUGUCCGUGGACGACGUGCCGGAUUAUUAUGAUAUUAUUGCACACCCCAUGGACUGGACAACGAUCCAGAAGAAAAUUGACGAUAUGGCGUACAAUACAUGGGACGAAUGGGCCACCGAUGUGACAUUGGUAUGCACCAACGCGAUGCAGUACAACCGGGCUGACUCGCUUAUCCACAAGACCGCGCAAAAGAUCUUGAAGCAGCUUCCCAGCAUUACACAGCAGUAUAAAGAUGACACAUUUUCCGACGAUACCUCGGGCUUGGAACCCCCAGCGCCCUUGCUGGCCAUGCUGCGCGCACCACAUGCGUCCAUCCCGCCAGGCCAUACGCCUAUGGAGGCACCGCCUGACAACGCAGAUAUGAUGCAGGCGUUCCUUACGCAGUGGUACACAAUCCCACCUGCUAAGGUUACACCGUCGCCCUCGCCCUCCCCAGCGCCUUCGCCUGUGAAGAAAGCGGCGCCGGUGAAGCAAAAGCGUUCUAUCCCUGCGGCGCCCACGCGGCGAAGCACACGUCACGCAGCGCCAGACGUGGAGCCCGCGGGGCCCGUGUCCGAGCCUCGCGUCCUAGAGGAGCUGAAUGCCAAAGACUCGUUUAAGUACUUCAACGUGGGCUGGCUCCUUCCCCCCGGCACGCGCCGCGGCAACCGGCCACGACCGGAGCCACGCGCACCGAAACCGCGGCUGCGCAAAAAGGUCAAAGUGGCUGCCAAGCCCGACGCAGCCGAAGCGGAUAGCUCGUCGCUGAGCGAACUAUCAGAUGCAUAG